UCUAUGUUGCUGUGUUUCUAUGAUGAUAUGAGCAAGUGGGAUGAGGACUUUGAUAUUGGGAAUGGUGCUGAUGCUGUUCUUGUUCAUCUUCUGCAGUGGAGCCUGGUCUGCAACUCAUCUUGGAAGGUCCACAUCGCCAAGUUUUCCUUGCUAGUUGGAUUGAUUUUCGGUUACCUAGUGAGCGGAUGCUUGGCCGAUUGGGUGGGCCGGCAGCUGGUGCUGGUGGUCUCCGUGCUGUUCGUACUGGUCUUCGGCCUGACGCUGGCUCUCUCUGUCAACGUGACCAUGUUCAUCACGCUGCGCUUCUUCGAGGGGUUUUCGCUGGCCGGCGUGUUCCUCAGCCUCUACGUGGCCCGUGAGUAACACCCUGCACAACGCUGCUCUGUAUUGAUCUG